CGCCCCGCCCGCUGCCGCCGCCGCAGUGACAGCUCCGCCCGGGCCCAGUCCAGCCCGGCCCAGCCAAGCCCAGCCCAGCCGAGCCGCGCAGCCGGAGCGGGAGCGGGGCGGGCGGGCCGGCCAUGGCCGACGAUUUCGGCUUCUUUUCCUCGUCGGAGGGGGCCGGCGCCGAGGAGGACCCGGCUGCCGCCUUCCUGGCCCAGCAGGAGAGCGAGAUCGCGGGCAUCGAGAACGACGAGGGCUUCGGGCCGACCGAUGGUGAAUCGGCCGCCGCCUCGGCCGGGCAGGCGGCCCCGCCGGAACCGGCUGGUUUCCAGAAUGGAGGAGCCACUGUCAAUGGAGAUGUCUUUCAGGAGUCCAACGGCCCCACGGAUGCCUACGCAGCCAUAGCCAAGGCUGACCGGCUGACCCAGGAACCUGAGAGCAUCCGCAAGUGGAGGGAGGAGCAGAAGAAGCGCCUGGAGGAGCUGGAUGCGGCAUCAAAGGUGACUGAGCAGGAAUGGCGUGAGAAGGCCAAGAAGGAUCUGGAGGAGUGGAACCUGCGUCAGAAUGAGCAAAUGGAGAAGAACCGAGCAAACAACAGGAUCGCUGACAAAGCCUUUUACCAGCAGCCGGACGCCGAUGUGAUUGGCUACGUGGCCUCGGAGGAAGCAUUCCUGAAGGAGUCCAAGGAGGAAACCCCGGGCUCCGAGUGGGAGAAGGUGGCCCAGCUCUGUGAUUUCAACCCCAAGAGUAGCAAGCAGAGCAAGGAUGUCUCACGGAUGCGCUCCGUGCUCAUCUCCCUCAAACAGACACCCCUGUCCCGCUAGCUGCCGUGAGCACAGCAGAGCACAGCCAGGCUCACCCCGCCCGGCAGCUUCGCGGGGCCAGCCCAGGAGGGGCCUCCCCUGCCUGUCCCCUGCUCCGUGCUCUGCACCCCGGCUGGGCUCGAGUCACUGGUUGUAACUCUCCCCACGGUUUUCCUUUGCUUAAAAGGUGCAUUGGUCUCUUUUUACACUUAUUUAUUACGGUGGCAUCUCCCCGGGAAGCGACACUGGGUGGAAGAGCUGAGUUAGUGGGAGCUUGUGCCCAGAGGCCUGGCUCAGUGAGAGGGGGAACAUCUCACCCCCUGUUGCCCACCUCACCCCUGUGCUGGGAAUAAAGCUGUGCGCGGCUGUCCUGGCAGCCCCAUGUCUGGUAUGGGUCCUAGCCCCGAGGCAGCGAUCCCGGUGGAAGCCUGGGCUGUUGUCUGCUUUCCAUGCGGGGUUUAGAGCUGGUAUGGGGCUGGGAGAGUGGAGAAACAGCCCUGACCCAGCUCUGCACCACAAGGUCCUGCAGGGAAUGCGGCUGCAGCGUGACGCUGCCGGGCUAGCGGGGACUGAGGAGUGUGAGUGCGGGCACCUGGGCAGGUCCAGGACCACCAGUUGUUGCCCCCAAGCCCAGGAGAACUCUCUCCAGCCUGGCUGUGCACCCCAAAAAGCUGGCAUGGCUCCAGGCAGCAGUUGCAGUGUCCAUGUACUACCCGUCCUGUGGGGCUGCAGGUGUUGGGCAGCACAGUGGUGCAGGGCGCUGGGAAGGGGCCAUGGCGUGAGCGUACAGGAUGUUUUCUGUCCCUCCCCCAAGGCCACCAGCGGUUUGCAGUGUGGGGUGUCACACUUUGGGAGCCCUUGUCUCUGCUCUGCUUCUUCCCCUGCUACUAGGGUGGGAGAUGGAGGCUGUAUGGUUGCAAGGACGGAUGUAGGAAGGUCCAGCUGCUGGUGGGGCAGAUUUGAAGUCUCCAGCUCCCUAACCCAGGGGCCCAGAGAAUAACUGGGCAGAGUUCUGGUGCUGGGGCUCCUGCUGUCCCUGGAGAACAACCUACACAUCUGUCUGCAGCUGCUCUUUGGCUUCUCUCUGGUCUGUGCUGGAUUUGUACACCGAAGGCGGCAGAGUGAGAUGCCUCAGUCCUGCUCCCCUCCAUGCAAGGCACACGCUUUGCAGUCCAAACACCGUCUUUCCUCUGCUUGGUGGGGCUGACACCAGCCCCUCCAGCUCGGAGGCUCAGCCCAGGAAACCUGCACAACUCCUGGCCAGCAGGAGAGCAGCAGCCUGGAGCUUGUGCCCUGGCUCUGGCCCACCGGAGGCUUGGGAAGGGCUUGCAGCGGUGGGACAUGGAGCAGAGCCCACAAAACAUCUGCUUGAGCCUUGCUGCAGAACCCUGCUCAGCCAAAAAGAAGGCAGCGCUCUCCUUCCCUGCAGCUAUGGUUCUGCGAGUCAGAAAGGUCACCUGCGCUGCCACUGCAGCCCUUGUGGGGUGACCGGACACCCCAGCUCCAGGCACAGGCUCAGCGAGGGGCUGGAAAGAGAAAUGGGCAUGCAGGGAGUCACUGGCUGCUGUGUGCUGGGGUUGUGCCCCCUUGUCCAUCGGGCCGAUCGCUCCUACCACGUCCCACUGUGCUCCAGCACACGUAGGCAGCUCUGCCGCGGUGCGGGAUGGACCCUGAUGCAGGAUCCCUCGGGACCUGGCUGCCUGCCUCUACCUUUCAUUGCAGAGCAGUGGGAAGUGUCUCUGGCUGCUUCCUGGGGUCAGGGACCCCGCUGUGCCCUGUCCCUCCAGCCCCUGCAGGCAGCCAGCCCCCUGGGUCCCCCAGCUGCCAUGCACCCCGUGUCAGGCAGGGACAGCAAGUUCCCGGGGAGCCAUGCCCACAGCUGUUCUACAUCCCUCGGCUUUGGUAUCUGUGACUGUUCAAAUUACCUGUUACAAUAAACUGACAUCUCCAACCCUA